AUGGCAAUGCAAUCCCACAACGUCUGUAGAGAGAAAAACGACAAGGCUCAACUCGACUGGUCUCCCGUCUGGCCAAAUCAAACCUGCUUCGCAAUCGAACACGCAUUCUUCUCCCAUGAAGUAACAAGCAAAAGCGGUGAAUCCGCAAUGCUGCAGCGCCUCGGAAUCCGCGAGCGCCGCAUGUGGGCGCUGCUGCUCUAUGCCUCUCGACGCCGCUGGCGCCAGAUCCUCUGCGCUCUGUUCUGCUUCUGGGCCCUUGCCAUCUAUUCCCAGCAGAAACACCCCUUCUCACCGCGCGCGCACGAGAUAACUGCGCACGACAUCGCUUUCGAAGCCUCGCACAGAGCCGGCCCGGAAGGAACUUCGCGCCUCCUUCCCUUGCGGGAGGCAGAACAGUUAUGCCGCGCACAUCGCUGGGGCGUAUUCCACGCGCAGGAUGGCAAGCGGCGUCGCAAGGUCUAUGAUCUAUUCAUGGUGAAUAACGAGAUGGACUGGUUGGAGAUCCGGCUCAAUACCAUGGCGGCGCACGUGGAUUACUUCGUGGUUCUCGAGUCUGCGGUCACGUUCACGGGGCUGGAGAAGAACCUCACGCUGAAAUUGAACUGGGAUCGCUUUGCUGGUUUCCAUAAGCAAAUCAUAUACAGAGUCGUGCAGAAUCCACCCCUAAAUGCUGCUCGGACGUGGGAUUUGGAGGAUCAUCAACGGAAUGCUAUGUUCGACCAGGUCAUACCGGGCUUAGAAGGCGAGCAGGAGGCGAGGAUUGGCGAUGUGAUUAUUGUUUCCGACGUCGACGAGAUCAUCCGCCCUGCAACGCUGCAGAUCUUGAGGAAUUGCGACUUCCAUCAGAGACUGACAUUGAGGAGUCGCUUCUAUUAUUACGGGUUCCAGUUCUUACAUAAAGGGCCGGAAUGGGAACACCCGCAGGCGACCACGUUCCAAGGCAGAUCUAACACGAUCCGCCCCGCAAACCUUCGCAAUGGAGAGGGUGGGAACAGACUCGUGGCCUGGUGGAACAAGGCUGAUCUGUGGAAUGCUGGAUGGCAUUGCAGCUCCUGCUUUGCGACGAUCGAGGACAUGCUGACCAAGAUGAAGAGCUUCUCACAUGUAAGUCUGAACCAGGAACACUUUAGGAAUCGUACGCGUAUCGUGGACAGAGUCCGGAAGGGCUUAGAUUUGUGGGAUAGGGAGGGGGAGCUUUAUGAAACAAUCGAAGGGAAUGAGGAUAUCCCAGAGUUUCUGAAGGGCGAGAGGGAAAGAUUCAAGUACUUGCUUGACAGGCAAUCUCCAAACGCUGGCUUUAUGGAUUACGGGCCUGAGGAGGUUGCUGGAGGCUGAGGGGAUUUAGCACGCUGCUGUUUGAUUAAAAGCGAUGGCGUCUCUGAGAACAGAGGGAAGGAGAUAAUGCGGAACGGCCAGACUGUCCGUUGUCAAAGAACUGGUGACGAACUCUUUAGACCGCUAGACUCGGCUGCAAUUGGAAUCACUAUCUCUAGAUCCGUCUUCGAUGUACCUAGACCAAGUGUAAAUAGCCGG